AGCAAACGCGAUCAGGGUGGUGUCGGAGAAGAAGGAAGAUUUCUCAAUUCUGAUCAUCUGCACACCAAGGGUUGAAGGAGUUUGUUCGAACCACCAACCGAAGCAAGGAAAGACAGAACAGGACUUACAGGACUGGUCCUCUUUUCUUUCAAAAAGAAGAACUAAACAAGCAAGAACAUGGUGCGACGAGAAGGAACUCGCUUUGGUGUUAGCACUGGUCACAGUGUGAGGAGAUCGGUCCAGUCUCAGAAGGCUGUCCAUUCUAGUCAGAACAUUGUUGUGAAGGCCACCGCAGAUGUGAUGCUCAAAAGGGCACAGAAACAGGCAUCGGCUGUGGUUGAAAAUCAUCUGCAGAACAGAACAUUAAACCUGAAAGGUUUCAGUAAUGAAGCAGUUAUUCCGUUUUCCCUCAACAAAAACAAGCGAUGGGAGGUCAUUGAUGCUCUAAAAAGUGACAUUGGAAAUGUCUGCUGUCAUGGCAACCGCAUCACAGUGAGUGAACAUCAUAUUGGUGUUGGCAACCCAGACGAUAAUGACUGCACCGCUGUCUACGAUUCCAUGUCAGCAAAGUCAAAAUGCUCUCCGAAUAAGACGUAUGCGAGGGCAGCUGAUCUAGUCUUGAAGGAGACAGAGCCAUCCAUCGACCAAGUGGCAGCAGAUGACAAGGAAUUUGGAACCAAGAACCGGAGAAGGCGACAAAAAAGGAGGGUGAAGGUGGAUAAAAGAACUGGCAUCCAAGAUGAGGUGUUCGCAGUCAAUGUUAGCUAUGCCAUUAAUGUGGCUGCACCGAAGCACACUUUGUACACAUUCCCAAAGAGAGGCAGAUCACAUGGAAUGGACGAUGGCGGUGAUGAAAAUAUUGUCCUCCAGACAACCAGGCAAGGAACAAAGAAAAGGAAUAAGAAAAUAUCACGCGACAUGUACGAUGACCUCGACUCUCUAAGAGACUUUGAUGCAGAAGAAGUCAGCUACUGCAGUGAAGAAGAUGACGACCAAGAGCUCACAGAUGAACCCAGAUGUAUUCCAAGGUCAAAGGUCACAGCUGCCUUUGGAAUGUUUGCAGUGGCAGCAGAUCAGCAGACAGGAUGUCCCAUGCCCAAAAUGAAUAGUCGUCCUACUCAGGGUGCAUGGACCAAAGAGCACAUAUUCCAGACUGGGUUUGAAGAACCUCAGGAAUCUGGAGGAGAGACUUACUCGGAGGUAGAAGACAAUGCUAUUGUAAAGCUUUCGAUCUCAGCAGACAACCUCCUGCCCGAAUUCCUCCGAGGCGAAUUUGCUGAAGAUUAUCAAGAAGCCUAUUGCUCUCCUCAGCGAUUUUCUGUCGACAUCACAGAUAGAGUCAUGAGUAAAGUACGGGAAAUCUUAAAAUAUGGGAGCUAUGUGUCAGAUACUCUGUGUUCAACAGGAUACCAGGUUUUCACGUUCUUCUCUCUCCCAACGCAAGAAGCCUGUCAACAAUUGGACAUUUCGGCAACAGUCGUUGGAGAGCGAUUUAAUCAGAUGGAUGCUGAAAAAGUCCUCUACGGAUAUCGAGAUGAGAUCAAAUGUUUGUCAGAUGCAGUGGACAGGAUUGCAGAAGUUGUCGCGUACAAAGUAAAAUACAGGUGUCAGAAUGAGGCUGAGCUCAACACGUCUCAUCAAAACAAUAAGGCGAGAGGUGUUUCCCUGCCUACUAUUGGAAGCUUCUUGAAUUGGGAAAGUGAGACUGAGACACAGUCACAACAACAGAUGUGGAAACAGAUUGUUACAAAUGAGGAUGCGAAACGCAAGGAGGAUAAGACCAGUGAACAACAGGUCCCUGCACUCUGUGAGGACCAUGAGGGCGCUUGUAGGAUCUGCUUUUCGGAUGUCUCAGAGAUGUGUCCUGGUACUUGUCUACAACCAUGCAACCACUUGUGCUGUGAUGAGUGCUGGAAGGGAUACCUGAUCGCCAAAGUUUCGCAGGGAAAUCCACAUAUCACCUGCCCAGAAUUCAACUGUAAGGUGCCAGUUGACCGAGUGACCGUGAUGUCUCUGGUGCCAUACAAGCUCGCAUCUUUCCAUCGGCAACAGAAGAUCAAUGCUACGGUAGCCAGUGACAAGCAUCUACAUUGGUGUCCUAACACGGGGUGUGGACGUGUGGCUAGAUUCACUGAUGUAACAUCAAAGGGAAUGACCAUCACUUGUGAAUGUGGCUUUGUCUGGUGUUCCAAGUGCAUGCAAGAAACCCACUGGCCGGCGACCUGUGUCCAAGCUACUACAUACAGAGCAGAUAAUGCUAUUGUCUUAAAGUCUGUGAAUAGAGGAAAUGAAAGCAUCAUUGACGAGAUCAGACACAAGAACUGUCCAAAGUGUAACAAUCCAAUUGAGAAGAUUUCAGGCUGCGAUUUUAUGACAUGUUCCUGCCUAUGCACUUUCUGUUGGAGAUGUGGAGGACUGAGUUCUGACCAUGAUGUUUACAAAUGCAAACAAGCAACACUUACUCUUGAGACCUUUGAGUUUGGCAAACAAAGUAUGGAGCAUGUAUACCAGUUCUCAAUAAUGCACCAUUUCAAGAGAUCAAGAGUCUACAGUUCUAGGCGGAGUCAACGGGCCCACCAACUGGCCAACAGGGUGGCUCUCGCACUAACCCUUGAUAAGAGUUCAGAGGAGUGCGACAGACAAGCACCUAACUCAACAUCUACAAAGGCUGCAACAUUUUCCCUGCUGAGAGGUGCUGAAUCUGGGAUGAAGCUCUUGGAAGAAAUAAACGACUUAUUCAAGAAUUCUUCAGAUUUUCUGCUGGAGGCAUACUCUGUCUUGGAGUUCUUAGAGAUCCUUCUAGAGUCUUCUCCUCCAUGUGAUCUGAAAAGAUGGCUGUACCAGCAAAAAACAAGGCUGGCUUUCAUUUCUCAACAAGUGGAUGAUAUCUUGAACCUGAGGAUGUUGGAUGUUAGGGGGUGUGUGGAGAGAGUCAGGACGCUCGUUGACAAUGGCAAGAGCUGUCUGUCUUCUGUAGCCAAAGCAGCUCCUGAUCUGAGUGACAUGAAAGAAGUUCCAAUCAACCUUCCUUUCGAAGAAUUUUAGCCACAUGAAAGAAGAUUGCAGUGAAUCAGAGGAUGCACUGCACGUUGCCG